AGCACCCACACCAAAAUAGUGAUAGCAAUCGCAUGGGUCGACUGGAUAGUGCCCGUAAGGGCAAUAUUGCUCGGAAGCGUCGCCUUCAGGCGGUGGCGGAGGAAUUUGAGGCAGACCGGGCUCUGCAAGUUGAGGAGUCUCUGGACGCAGCGAAGCCGGACGAGGAUCUAUUUUUCGUAGACACCAGCGCUGAUACCACUUUACCACCCACGCGAAGCAAGGCUGAAAAGCGUCGGCGCUUCUUUAGUGAGAAAGUGAGCUCUGUGGCAAUGCCCUCUGAGCAUCUAGUCAAAGCAGUACAGCGUAUCGUCAAAAGUCAACAGAAAGAGAAAAAGGCCAAACCGGACGAUGAUGGAGCAGGGAAAACCAGUAUUCAUCGACAGUCGAAAGGAAAGGUCGAGCAACAGGGUCUUUACGAUAUGUGGGAUGCAGGAAAGGGAAGCACAGGAGGGAAGGGCAAAAGCAAGAAGGGAAAGAAAUGUGAAGCCCCCCCCGUCCCUAAAUCCAAAAAGCGGCCAUUGAAACCGCCUCUUGCCUCUACAUUGUCACUGAUCGAGCGGCCGCUAGGAGGACAGUCAUACAAUCCUCUAGCAGAGGACCAUCAGCAGGCAUUGGUGGCUGCGGUGUCGGUGGAGGAAAAGCGGAAAAAAGCGUUGGAAAAACUGAAAGCACCGCUCAGUGUCAUGAGUGAGGAAACGAAGGCGCUGAUAUUGAGCGAUUCUGAGAGCGAUGCAGAGGAAGAGGGGGCAUUGGAGGAAAGGAGCGACGGGGAUGCAGGCGUGGCGACGAAGCGGAUGUUGAGAAGGAAGGGGAAACAGACCAAGGCGGAGAGGAACAAACAACGGCGCCGAAAGAUCCAGGAGCACGAAGCCGCGCUAGAAAGAGAACGGAAGCACCUGCUGCAAGAAGCUUCCAGGGCGCAAGAAUACGCCAAGGCCCUUCGUCGACGAGAAGCCGAAGCAGGAGGCGCGAAGAGGAAACGGCAGACGGAUGACCAGAACGUCCCGAAAAACCACCGAAGCCAGCACUUUGUUCCCCGAGAUCUACCCCGGGAGAAAGUGUUACUACCCAUGGAUAAAAAUCCCAUGCAGGCCCCGUCUUUUCCUGUUCCUCUUUCCGAUGAAUUGGGGGGCAGCCUGCGGACCGUGCGGACGAAAGGCAAUUUGGCGUCCGAGACCCUGGUGUCUUUGCAAAGAAGGGGACAGUACGAGGUCGUGCCGCAACGAAAGAGCGCUCGACCAAAGCCGCGGGUUAAAUUUGUGGGAAAAAUAAGGGGAGAAUAGCCGCAGGGAAGGAUUCAAGGGAUGUGUGGAGAAAAAUAGGGUAGAAAAGACGAUUGUUCGAAGAGGUAAUCUGUUAGCGAGGAAGGGAACCAAAAAAAAGAGCAAAGCAUUCA